AUCCAAAGCACAAUUUUGAUACGUCCAAUAUGAUAACGACUUUUGUCGUUCAUUUUAUACGGAUUACCGUCGGAUGUACAAUAUUAUUUAACGAUAUAUCAGUUCUAACCUCACAGUCGAGAAACUUUAUACUUAGGGUAUGAAAACAAUGCACGAAUGAUUAUCACCUAUGUAUGUUAUGAAGUCUUAAGGUUUUCAUUAAGUAGCAUAAUAUUGCCAUCAAUUUAAUCGAGAAAAUUCAUUGGGAAAAAGAAUAUUUAACCGUCAGUAGACAUCAAAACUCCUAUAGAUUCUAACAGGUUGAUGUCAAUGCAAAUACAAUCUGUUGAAAUGAUUUCUCAAUUAUCGCAUGUUAUGACUCUUGCAAACAGCAUUAUCGGAGUAAGUGUUCUUGCAAUGCCAUUUUGUUUUAAGCAAUGUGGCAUUGUAUUGGCUACUUUGGUUUUAUUAGUAAGUAGCGUCUUGUCUCGACUUGCUUCUCACUUUCUUAUCAAGUCAGCUGUAAUGUCAAGAAGACGAAACUUUGAGCUCUUGGCUUUUCACGCAUUUGGUCAUAUGGGAAAAGUCUUAGUGGAACUGUUCAUCAUUGGUUUUCUUGUGGGAACGUGUAUUGCUUUCUUUGUUGUUAUGGGUGACGUUGGACCACAAAUCAUAGGAAAAAUGAUAGAUAAAAAUCCAGAAGAUAUCAGGACCAGUUUGCUUGUAACAACAAGCGUUUUUAUUGUUUUACCCUUGGGAUUGCUUCGAAACAUCGACAGCUUAUCCAGUCUUUGCACUGCUACAAUUAUUUUUUACCUAUGUCUUGUAUUAAAGACAAUGACAGAGUCUAUGCAACACAUUUUUGCAGAAGACUGGUAUGAUCAUGUAUAUUACUGGAGACCAUCUGGUAUACUUCAAUGUAUACCUAUUUUUUCUAUGGCUUUAUUCUGUCAAACUCAACUAUUUGAAAUAUAUGAAACCAUUCCCAAUGUGUCAUUAGAAAAAAUGAAUGAUGUUGUACGUGGUGCAUUAAAUAUAUGUACAAUUGUAUAUCUAUGUGUUGGAUUCUUUGGUUACAUUGCAUUUUGCACACAACCUUUUACAGGCAACAUACUAAUGAGCUUUGAACCUAGCUUGUCAUCCGAAAUGAUCAAAAUGGGAUUUGUGUUUUCUAUUGCAUUUAGUUUUCCUCUAGUCAUUUUUCCAUGUCGUGCAAGUUUAAACUCUCUUUUAUUUCGCAGGGUACACACUCACGAGCCAUCUAUAAGUUAUUUACCAGAAACAAGAUUUAGAUGUCUUACUAUUGCUAUUGUUGCCGUUUCUCUGACUGCUGGUAUUCUAAUACCAAAUAUUGAAUUUGUUCUUGGUUUAGUGGGAUCUACAAUUGGAGUAAUGAUAUGCCUAAUAUUCCCAGCAAUAUUUUUUAUAUCCAUUAGUAGCAAACAUACUAAUGAGAGGUUAUUAGCACAAGUGAUUUUAUUUAUUGCUAUCUGCAUUAUGAUUCUAAGUACAUAUGCAAAUUUGUAUGCUUUGGAAGAAUCUACUAAUACAAAAGCAUUGGCAACAACAAGCAAACCUCUUAAUCAAAUUAAUAAUUUACCAUUAACUGUAAAUAAAGACGACAGUAAUGCGAUAGCAAAUAUUCCUAAGAACCCUGACAUUCUACCAGAUAUUAAAGAGAAAAUAAAUCAGAUACCAGUUCUAAAUAUUCUUGACAAAUCAUUGAACUUAAAGACGAAUGAUGUUCGUCAGGAACCACCGAUUCCAGUUGAGCGCGUAGUUGUUGCGGAGAAAUUAGCAGCGGGAACACAAAAGUCUGUAGAAAGUAUUGUAAUUACAGCUCCUCCACUGAAAAUAAUUAAAAAUGAAAUUGUAAAGACAGGAGAAUCUGAUACAGCAAACGUAAAAGAAGAAAAUCAUCCCGUAGAACUAAAAGAUAAAUUUGUAGAUAUACAAAAAACAGAUAACCUUAUAAAUUCUGAUGCAAUUAAAAAAGAAGAAACGGAACUAGCUGCUGAUGCAGAUGCUGCUAACAUAAUGGCUGCAGAAAGGCAUGAAAAACUUAGAAAGACUUUAGAAAAGUACAAAAUUGAGCAACAACAAAUGAUGCAGGAACAAAAAGAAAUAUUAAAAGAUCUCAAGGAACUUAGAAAGCUUGAAGAGAAUGAAAAGGAAUUAAAAAUUCUUAAUCAAGAAUCUGUUUUAGAAAUGAAACAAAAUUCUACAAACUUGGAUGUUAAUAAUAAUAAGAAAGCUUUAAACAAAAUAAAAGGAAAUAAUGAGAGAGCUUCGAGUACAAAAUUGAAUGAACAGUCUAAAACGGUAAAUAAUGAUGAUAAAAUUAAAAUCAAACAGGCGAGGGCUAAAGAAGAUAAAAGUAUUCAAACGGAUAUUCAAAAUGAAAAUUCUGCCACAGAUGUACAAAAUAAAAUAUUAAAUAAUAAAGACUUUGAUGGAGAAAAAAUCAAAGAAACGAAAGUUACAUCAAGCAAUUCAAAAGAAUUACCAAAAGGUCCUAUUUUAAAUGCUUUGUCAAAACGAGGAUUGCGAAAGUCUAUUGCUACUAAUGAAUUAGUAAGUAAUAGCAAAGGUGGAAUAGUCUUGCCUAAAAAUGACAACAAUAGAGCUAAUAAUAUUAAUUCUAAUUUACAAAAAGAUCCGAGUUUGAAUACCGAGAAUCAACCAGUAGAACAUGAAUUUUCUUUACCCAUUGCAUUAAAAAUGCGAAAUCAAACAAAAGUAGACAAUGCGUCUAUUUUAUCAACAAGUAAGUUAGAAGAAAAUAUUCAAGCGAUUCGUAGAGAUAUUUUGGAGGACCAUGAACGCGAGAAACGAGAAAUCGAUGUGAAUGUAGAAGAAACUAAUACCAAAGUUACAAGUGAUAUGUCAGACAAAAACACUGAAUAUUUAUUAAAAAAUUCUACCUUAAAAGAUGAUCAAGAAAAAUGUUUCAAGCAAAAUGAAAAUAUUAUUGAAAACAUAGCCAGUAAAACGAUAGAAGGGUUAAGUGAAAACCCGUCUAAAAGUGAUUUAGUUGAAGCGUCGUUGAUUAAAACCAAUAUAUUACUAUCGCAGCAAGAAGUAAAUGCCAUUUCGGUAGAUUCUAACAUUCCUAUAAGAGGAGAAUACGUCAAAUUAAACCAACGAGACUUGAAGUCUGUGGAUACCGAUGAAGAUUGUAAUUUUUGAAUCUUCAGAGACCUGAUUAGAAAUAGUAUAUACGACAUAAUAUAUGUGUGAAAACUUAUUUUAUAAUUAGAAAAUUGAUGUAAU